AUGGCCCGUUGCAGCUUACUGCUACCGGGAAGGCCUGUUGCUGCUGCGUUUGCUGCCCCUGUUGCUGCUCCUGCUGCAGCUGCUGCUGGCGUUGCUGCUGCAGCUGAAGUUGCUCCUGCUGCUGUGGCCAAUGCUGCCGUUACUCCUGCUGUUGCUGCAGCAGUCGCAGCAGCAGAGCCUGCUGCAGCAGUCGCAGCAGCAGAACCUGCUGCUGCUGCCGCAACAGCAGAGCCCCCUGGAGCAACAGCUGCAGGAGCCUCUGUUGCUCAUACUGCACACGGUGGGGCAGCAGCAGCAGCAGCUGCUGCUGCGAGCGCCGCCAACCCUGUGGCUCCUUCUCAGUCAAAACCUGAAGCUGCCGGCAAUGCAGCAGCAGCAGGAGCAAAGCCGGUUGAAAGUAAAGCAGCAGCAGCAGCGCAGGAUGCAGCAGCAGCACCUCAAGCCCUCAAGGAGGAAGCAACAGACCUAGUGGGAAUCGGGGCUCCCGCAGAGACAGCCCCUUUAAGCAGCGUCCGCAGACUACCAGUAGUAACAGCAGCAGCAGCAGCAGCAGCAGGGACGCCUCCAGCCGCAGCAGACUCAGCCGCAGUCACCGUCUCUGCUCUGAGAGGGGGCCCCUCUGGGGCCCCUCCCUUUCCGCCUAUUUCUGCGUGA